AGAACAAAGACCAUUUGCGACCAUUAACUCAGACCAUCAAUUCAAUGGCGUCUAUGGCAUACCAACCAAACCCUCCAGCGGUUCCUGAGUGGCUCAACAAAGGCGACAACGCAUGGCAGCUAACCGCAUCCACACUGGUGGGGUUACAAAGCAUGCCAGGGCUCGUGAUCCUCUACGCCUCCAUCGUCAAAAAGAAAUGGGCAGUCAACUCCGCCUUCAUGGCCCUCUACGCCUUCGCCGCUGUCCUCAUCUGCUGGGUCCUCCUCUGCUAUCGUAUGGCUUUCGGUGACCAGCUGUUCCCGUUCUGGGGUAAGGGUGCGCCUGCGUUGGGCCAGAAGUAUCUCAUCCGUCAGGCCAAGAUACCCGAGAGCACCCAGCAUGGUAGAAGCAAUGAACCCUUUUAUCCUAUGGCCACCAUGGUCUACUUUCAGUUCAACUUUGCGGCCAUCACGAUGAUUCUGCUGGCUGGGUCUGUUCUGGGGAGGAUGAAUAUUAGAGCCUGGAUGGCUUUUGUUCCGCUGUGGUUGGUUUUUUCGUACACGGUGGGCGCGUUUAGUCUGUGGGGUGGUGGCUUUUUGUUUCAGUGGGGGGUUAUUGACUAUUCUGGUGGCUAUGUUAUUCAUCUUUCAUCAGGGAUCGCUGGUUUUACUGCAGCCUACUGGGUUGGGCCAAGGUUGAAAAGUGACAGGGAAAGGUUCCCUCCAAACAACAUCCUGUUGAUGCUAGCGGGAGCGGGAUUGCUAUGGAUGGGAUGGUCCGGUUUCAACGGUGGAGCUCCAUAUGCUGCCAAUAUCGCAGCAUCCGUUGCAGUACUAAACACAAACAUAUGCGCUGCGACGAGCCUUUUGGUCUGGACCACUCUUGAUGUGGUUUUCUUUGGAAAGCCAUCCGUCAUCGGUGCUAUUCAAGGUAUGAUGACAGGCCUCGUGUGCGUCACACCGGGAGCAGGAGUGGUGCAAUCAUGGGCUGCCAUUGUCAUGGGUAUACUUUCGGGUAGUAUUCCUUGGUUUACCAUGAUGAUCCUUCACAAGAAAUCUGUAUUGCUUCAAAAGGUGGAUGAUACAUUGGGUGUGUUUCACACGCAUGCCGUAGCUGGUUUAAUGGGUGGGUUGUUGACGGGUUUACUAGCCGAGCCCACGCUAUGCAACAUAGUUUUGCCGGUUACUGGUUCAAGGGGUGCAUUUUAUGGUAAAGAUGGAGGGAAACAGUUCCUAAAACAAAUAGUAGCUGCUUUAUUUGUAAUUGGGUGGAACCUUGUAUCAACUACCAUUAUUCUUCUAGUUAUUAAGAUAUUUAUUCCACUGAGGAUGCCUGAUAAUGAGUUGAUGAUUGGUGAUGAUGCUGUUCAUGGAGAGGAGGCGUAUGCAUUGUGGGGUGAUGGUGAAAAAUAUGAUCCAACUAGACAUGGGACAAUUUUCGGAGCAGCCGAGAUAACACCAAACGAUUACGGAAAUGGGCCAGCCAGAGGUGUUACUAUUAACUUGUAGGUUCAUCAUGUAUUUGUUGUAUUGGCAUUGUUGUGUGUAUUUGUUGAUUGCUUGAAAAUGAGAUGUUUUUACGUAUUAAAACUCGGAAUGAUCACUACACAUUAAUUGAUUAAGGAGGUUAACUUUUUUUUU